CUGCAGGUUUGUCUGGAAUGUGGCUCGACCUGAUCGUCUGGCUUCCGUGUGCUGAUCCUGCUUGUGCUUGUCCUGCUGGUGUUUAAUGCCUCAGGUGUUUAGCAUGGUUGUCAAAACUAUUUUACUUUUGGAUUCGACAAGUUCAGUUUUAGCUGUAAUAACCCAUUUUAAAUUAAAAUAUGCAAAUUUGUGUAUUUAAUUUGUUGACUUAGAAAUGAAAAUUGUCAUUUCAAACCCAUGUGACUUUUUUUCUUUGUAAUGGAGUUAUGUAAAAUGACAACCAAAGUCAUUUACUUGCAUGGAAAAAACGAUGCAUGUCAAUCACUAUCAUUCAUCAUAAUUUUGUGUCCCUAAGAAGAAACUGAGUCAUGUAGGUUUGGAACGGGCUGAGCUUUGAGCAGCUGGAUUUAUUUCGCAUUUUUGCGGACUCCUUUGGCUGGCUACAAUUCUCGCAAACUCUGUUUAAGCGCACUGUUAUUUUGUGAUUUCUCGUUGGCAUUUUGUUCUUACAUGUGCACGUUUUGUGUGUGUGUUUUUUUGAGUGGUUCAACAUUUGUUGCCUAUGUUCGUUUGAGUUCAAGGAUACACAAUCUCUCUAGCUUUGUAUAUUUCCCGAAAUACCAUUAAAACGAGAACCUGAUUGGUCAAGGGGCGGAGCUUACUGUCUGCGCGGACGCUCAUUGGAUGAAUGUUCUGUCACUCAGGCGCGCCACGGGGUUUUAUUUUUAGACCCCAGCGAGGCGCAACAGCAGCUGAAUGAAGUUCAGCGGAUCCGAGGAAUUUCACGGCGGAUUCACGUUAAACUCUUUCCUCGCGUCGCUAAUACAUGGAGCCGGUUCGCAGAGGAUGUAGCACCGUGACUCGCUGCGUGUCGGUUGACUUUGAGUUGUGUUACGUGGAGUAACAGAUUUAAUAAGGCGUAUUUGUUGAAACAUUUCAGCAUGAUAAAAGCCUAUUAUUAAUUAACGUUACGUUUUUACAGUCGUACGUGACCAAAUUGUCAUCGCGGGAUACCUGUGGAUUGCUGGAGAACAUGCAGCCUUCAUGAGCGGCUUCACAGUGCGUGUCAUUGGAUGGGUUCUUGUGAGUUUAAUUUACAGCACUGUGUGUGGUUUGUUGGUUGGGUUAGAAAACAUAUAGGGCACGUUCAGUCGCUGUAAACGCAGCUCGUUGGAUAGACCUGCUUUGGAAAUGUCGGCGAUAUCUGCGUCCGAGAAAGUGGACGGGUUCACGCGGAAAUCGGUGAGGAAGGCUGUGAGGCAGAGGGUUUGUCAGGGCUCGUCUCAGUUCGCGGCGAGCAGCAGCAGGCCCGCGGCUCCGGAGAUCUCUGCGCUCCCGCAGCUCAAAGAUGCAUCUUCCACAGAGCAGCAUGAGCUGUUCAUGCAGAAACUACAGCAGUGCUGCGUAAUGUUUGACUUUUAUGACACAGUGACUGACCUAAAGAGCAAAGAGACCAAACGGGCCACUCUCAACGAACUUGUGGAUUACGUGUCCACUAACAGAGGAGUUCUGGUAGAGCCCGUCUAUCCUGAAAUCACCACCAUGGUUAGCACAAAUAUUUUCAGAACGCUUCCACCCAGUGAAAACCCUGACUUUGACCCAGAAGAAGAUGAACCCACUCUAGAAGCCUCCUGGCCACACAUGCAGUUGGUGUACGAGUUUUUCCUUCGAUUCCUAGAAAAUCCAGACUUCCAGCCAAGUACUGCCAAACGUUAUAUUGACCAGAAGUUUGUGCUACAGCUCUUAGAACUGUUUGACAGUGAAGAUCCUCGAGAGAGAGAGUUCAUAAAAACCAUUCUGCAUCGCAUCUACGGGAAGUUUCUGGGUUUGCGUGCCUUUGUUCGGAAACAGAUCAACAACAUUUUUCUAAGAUACAUCUAUGAAACUGAGCACUUUAAUGGAGUUGCUGAACUCCUUGAGAUUCUGGGCAGUAUCAUCAAUGGCUUUGCUCUGCCGCUGAAGGCUGAACACAAGCAGUUCCUCAUGAAGAUCCUCAUUCCCCUGCACACUGCCAAAGGACUCGCGCUGUUCCACGCACAGCUGGCUUACUGUGUGGUUCAGUUCUCAGAAAAGGACCCGACCCUCACUGAAGUGGUGGUUCGUGGCCUUCUUAAAUUUUGGCCUAAGACAUGUAGUCAGAAAGAGGUCAUGUUUCUAGGGGAAAUCGAAGAGAUCCUGGACGUUAUCGAACCUACGCAGUUCAAGAAGAUUCAGGAGCCUUUAUUUAAGCAAAUCUCUAAAUGUGUAGCCAGCCCUCAUUUUCAGGUAGCCGAGCGAGCGCUGUACUACUGGAACAAUGAAUACAUUUUGAGUCUAAUCGAAGAGAAUAAUGCCAAAAUCCUUCCCAUCAUGUUUGCAAACUUGUACCGGAUCUCCAAAGAACACUGGAACCCGACGAUCGUGGCCCUGGUGUACAAUGUAUUAAAAACACUGAUGGAGAUGAACAGCAAGCUGUUCGAUGAACUGACGGCCUCUUACAAAUGUGACAGACAGCGAGAGAAGAAGAAAGAGCAGGAACGGGAGGAACUGUGGAGGAAGCUGGAUGAACUCAGACUUCAGGAGACAUCAGCCAUCCAGAAUAACAGGCAUGAGAUCCAGUUCACUUACAGCAACAACAAUAACAACAACAAGCUUCACGAUGAGGAUGAAAACCCAGCAGCAGCCGUUACUGACAGAAUUGAGAGCAACACCUGGGCCAAAUGACACUGCCCUCUUUCUUCUUUCCUCAGUAUUACAGAUGUAAACCAAUGUAGAGAGCUGUAAGGAAAUGGACCUUCAGCAAUAAUCAUUUUUAAGGAAGAUUUAUAAAAAAAAUUCCCCAAAAGCCUAUGUAAAACGAAAUCAAAAUGCUAUUUUCUCCUGCUAAAGGAUCAUAUAUUUUCUGUAUGUAAAAGUGUGGUUAUAGGAAUUUAUGAAAGUGCGAUCACAUUUGCUCUUUAGUGAAUUUUCACUAGUGAAAUUGAGAAAUUUCAAUAGAAAUUCAAGUGAUUGGGAAUUCUGUGUAAGGAUGAAAGUUUUCCCAGCAGAUUUUGCAAUGGAUUCAGGUUGGUCACGUGGAGUCGCCACACUGACCAAUAGAAAACUGCUUACUUUCCAAAAAAUGUCUAUUGUGUGAGAUGUGCUCCAUGCAUCGCUACACUACUGCCAACAGACGAUGGACCUUUUCUCUGAAAUUUCACUAAUGUGACUGCAGUUAUCAUCAGUAUUUUUGUCUGAAAUUGUCUGAAACUGUAAUUGUCUACAUGUACAAUGGAAUUAUAUAAUAAUAAUAGUAUAAAAUAGUACUUUUGUUAUAUUAUGAGGGGAUAUAUCUUAAAAGAAUGUACUUUUAACUAUUGUUAUUCAACUUGGCUUCUAGUUUUUACUAGAAAACAAGGCAAAAAUACUGAGAAAAGAAAAUAUUUUUGGCGGUGAAGGCUAUAUUAAGACACAUGAGCAAGCUUUAAAAAGAAAAUGUCUGUUUCAGAAAAAGAAAAAGAAAAAAAAAACACUGCCAUGAGUUUGAGAUGUAUUUUACCAUAAAUGUGACCCAAGCUCAAUAUUAACAUUUGAUGCAUGAUACGUAAGUUAUAUUCCAUGGAAGUGUCAAAAAUUAGCCUUAGAAAUGCAAAAAGUGAAGCACAAAUGUAGUGAACCUGGUCAGAAAGCCCUGUCCAAGUUUUUCUCAUAAUACCAGCCUUUAAAUACUAUAUUUUAUUAAAAACUCAUUGCUUUCUGUGUCAUUCGGAUCCACUGGCUAUGCAUUUCGCAGGUUGGGAUUAAAUCAAAUAGAUCAUUCUUAGACGUAACUUAUCUCAGGGAUAACUAAUGCUCCCCACAUGUUAUAGAAAGGUGACGAAUGGGGUUUCAUUGUUGUUUAUUUUCUCAAAAAUAGAAAAGAAAAAUUGUAAUAUGUUUAAAGAACCGAUAGAUAUUAUAAACGAGACUCACUGACAUUCCAUUCAACAUUCGAUUGUUUUGCUUCAACCAAAAGUGGUCUCAUCGCUAUGCAGUUAUGUUUUCAUGAGAUUUCCUGUGAGAAUGUGUAAAAUAACCUUGUUGUUAUGUGCUAUGCUGCAUUAAAAUGCCAGGCUGAUGUUUAUUUUU